AAACGUGAACAGACUGGACUGAAAUUAUCAGUUUACCAACUGUUUUCAGCAAGUAUACUACUACUCCAAAAUGAAAUUCUUCAUCCUUGCCGCCCUUUUCGCUGUCGCUGCCGCCGAUUCUUACAGGUCAGCCGAAUACGCUCCCAAGUACGAAGCUCCGGCAUACAAAUCUACAUAUGAAGCCAAAUACGAGACUCCCCAACCUUACGACUUCAGCUGGGCCGUCAAUGAUUACUACAACGACUACGGACACUCUGAGAAGAGCGACGGCAAUGUCGUAACCGGAUCAUACCGUGUCGUCCUUCCCGACGGCCGCACCCAAAUUGUCACCUACAAGGCCGACAGCUACGGAUAUGUCGCCGACGUCAAGUACACCGGUGAAGCCAAGUACCCCGCAUACGUCGCAAACAACUACAAAGCUACCACCUACUCCGCCCCAGCUUACAAGCCUUCUACUCCGACCUACACCAAGCCAACAUACUCCGCUCCCACAUACUCUGCACCGGCCAAAAUGGCCCCGGUUUACACCGCCACUCCAGUCUAUAAAACCCCCGCAGUUCAGUCAAACUACUAAAUUGCAAUUAAUUGAGACAACCAAAAUGUCUGCAUGUAAAUGAUAAUUAUUUAAUAAACUAUCCAAUUUGAUUAAA